CAAACUUGCACUUCAGAUUUCUCGAAGCCCCUGGCCUGAAAGUCACCGAGAGAGACAGGGGUGAUCGACCGUGUGCGAGAGGGAGAUGAUUGUGCUGUUGCUGGUGAUUAUUGUGAGAGAAUGAGGUGCGAAUCAGUGCAGUGUUUAUGGUCUCCAUCCCCUCCUCUCCACAAAAUCACUGCAACGGCCCUUCUUAACCAUCAUCAACAACUCUUCACUGGCGGAUCUGAUGGAUCCAUCAUUUGCUGGAACUUCUCUCUUCCGCCGUCUCCUCCUCCUACAAAUCAACUGCACAAAGCUGAAGUUUGGCCUAUGGCAAUGCUAUGUGGUCAUGCUGCACCUAUAUCAGGUCUGGAUAUAUGUGGCCCUGUAGCAGAGCAUGAGGAGACGGAUCAUUCAAGUAACAUUGUAUCAACAUCUUCUGGCUCUGAACCACUAAUAAGUGCUUGUGUUGAUGGUGUUUUAUGUGUCUGGAAUAGCGGGAAUGGAUAUUGUAGACGAAGGAGGAAAUUGCCUUCAUGGGUUGGGAGUCCGUUUGCUAUCUCAUCUUUGCCUACAUCCAAGAGGCAUGUCUGUAUUGCUUGCAUUUCUGCUGAAUCUGUUCAUUUAUCUAGUCAGAAUGUAACUGAGGGUCGAGAAGGUCGAAAUAGUAGUCAAAUUGAAAGUGAGUUGCUUGCUGAAAAGGAAUCAUCGCACUCUAGGAGGUCUUCAAAGGGUGCUAUAGUCAUUGUUGAUGCAUGCACCCUAAAUAUAUUGCGCACCAUAUUUCAUGGGAACUUAUCUAUCGGGCCAGUGAAAUCUAUUACUGUGGUAGCAUCUGCAGAAGAAGACCAUUCAGUCAUUAUGGCAGAUUCACUAGGAAGGGUGUUAUCUGUUGCAAUAUCAAAGGAACAUGGUCCUGAAACUGAGAAUAUGUGUAGUACUGUUGAUGUGGAGACAUUGAUUUUGCCCAAUGUUGUGCAUGUUGGAAUACAGGGAAUAGCUGUUAAACCUCAUGGAAAGUUCUUGGUAUUCAUCUGCAGAGAUCACUGCAUAUUCACAUCAAUGGAAGAUAAAAAGAUCAGAGGGGAAUUAUCUCUAGAGAACAGCUCCCUUUGCACAGGAAAUGUUCAUAGGGAGUCAUACCUUGUGGGAGGCUUGUUUCUUGAAAGUGAUAUUCAAGAUGUCAAUGCAUCAGAAGUGAUGGAUUCAACUGAAGGGCACUUGAGUCUCUUUUUGGUGUGGAGUAAUCAAGGUGAUGCAUUGAUCUACAUGAUAUCUCUUUCAGGUGAUGCAUUCGAUUUUAAGUUAUGUUGUGAAAUCCCUGUUGUUUCUAAUGAACAUAAUGCUAAGCUGCAAGUUAGUUUUUGCGAGUCAAACCAAUGCCUUAUUCGUACAGAAUCCUUUGGUUUUGAUGUUGAAUGUUCCUUGAUAUGGAGAUCUCAAAUUACAGUCUGGUUAAUAAGCCAGCUUCCUGCGAUGCAGGAGUUCGGUGGAUCACUAUCUGCAGCACGUUGGAGUUCUUCUGAUCCUUGCAUGGGCAUCCUGAUUGGAGAAGGUGGUUUCCUUGAUGACAAGAUUUCUAAUUGUGACAGUUUGCAAAAAAUGAAGGGCCACAUUGCUAAAAAAUUAUCUUUACAUUCCAGGGCAUCCCUCGGACUGGAGAAUGCUGAAAUGGAGAAGAGUUGUAAUGUGCAAAGUUUCUCUCUGCAUCCAAUGAGUUCGAAUGGUUGCUCUAAAUUAAUAGAUGGUUCAAUUUCAGGGAAAAAGAAGAUUGUUACGACCUCAAUGAUACUUUGUGAAGUUUCCUUCGCCCCAUGUGCUGUGGUGUAUGGCUUCCAUAAUGGCGAAAUAGAAAUUAUCAGGCUCGACAUGUUUUUUCAGGAAGUUGAUGUCGUUGCCGGAGAUAUGCAACAUAAGACCAAGCUGAAUGAGCCCAGACACAUAUUUUUGGGGCAUGAUGGUGCAGUUCUUUGUUUGGCAGCACAUUGUAUGUUAUCAAACUCGGAGCAACAAAAUUAUAACCGACUUCUGGUAUCAGGCAGUGCAGACUGCACAAUUUGUAUAUGGAAUUUAGAUAGCGGUAAUCUUGUCAAUAAAUUGCACCAUCAUGUUGCUCCUGUUAGGCAAAUAAUCCUUCCACCACCAUGGACUAAUCGACCAUGGAAUGAUUGUUUUGUCUCUGUCGGGGAGGAUUGUUGUGUGUCUCUUGCUUCAUUUGAGACUUUACGAGUGGAGAGAAUGUUUCCUGGCCAUCCAACUUAUCCAGAGAUGGUUGUAUGGGACAGUGCAAGAGGCUAUAUUGCUGCCCUAUGUAGGAAGGUCUCAGCUCACUAUGGCGAAGUUGAUGUUUUGAUCAUUUGGGAUGUAAAGACAGGUGCUCAAGAACGUGUUCUUCGAGGUGCGGCGUCGCAUUCUAUGUUUGACCAUUUUUGUCGGGGAAUCAGUAUAAAUGCUAUGUCUGGAAAUAUUCUAGGUGGUAUGACUUCAGCUUCUUCAUUGCUUCCCCAUGGAUUGGAAGUUACGAGCCUUACCCAAAAACAUACUGUUAAGAUUGAGAGGGAGGUUAACGAAUCUGCAACAGGAGCUAAUCCUCAGCAAAGAACGACCCUCUUUUCUGAUCCAAAGCCAUAUCUUGCACACAGUAGCAAAGGGGCGAUACCAUAUUCGAAAGCAGUACUAAAUGAUCCUGGUCAAAGGGAAGGUGGUCAUUCUGCAAAACAAGGCCCAUCACUACCAGCUCUUCAAAACAAGAAGCCCCCAAUUAAGUGCUCAUGCCCUUUCCCUGGUAUUGCAACUCUGAUCUUUGACCUCUCAAGUUUGAUGUCUCUCAAUCAACAGAAGCUUUGUGUUGAAAUAAGAACCCCUACUGAAAGUUAUUCUAAUGUACAAAAGAUUUCACUGGAUCCUAUGGAUGCACGUUUAUGGGUCAAGACAUCAGAUGGUUGCUUACUUCGUUUCAGCCUGUCUCUUCUACAUUUAUGGGGUAUAGAUGAUGAUCUAGAUAAAUUGCUGGUGGAUGAAAUGGAUUUGUGCAAGCCGGAGCAGUUUUCAGUUACUAGUGGCCUUAAUGGGGAUCAAGGUGCCAUGACUUUGAUAUUUCCAGGUUCACAUUCUUCUCUUCAGCUUUGGAAGUCAUCCCCAGAGUUCUGCGCAAUGAGAUCACUUGCAAUGGUUUCCCUUGCUCAGCACAUGAUUAGCUUAUCUCAUCCAACAUCUGCUUCUAGCAGUGCCUUGGCAGCAUUUUAUACUCGCAAUUUUGCAGAGGUGGUGACAGAUAUACAGCCACCUCUACUUCAGCUAUUGGCAAGUUUUUGGCAGGAUCCAAUCGAACAUGUGCGGAUGGCUGCUCGGUCUUUGUUCCAUUGUGCUGCCUCAAGAGCAAUUCCACCUGCACUUUGUGGGCCUAAAACACUUCGAAAUGAAAUUGAUGCGAAGCUUAUAGAUGACAAGGGACAAGGAUUUAAGGCAGGUGCAGCAUCUCCUAAUGUCGCCAUGAAAAUGGAUGAAAUAACAGAAUCACAAGAUAAUCACCCUGUUGAAGAUUCUGAAAUACUUGUCUGGCUAGAGUCACAUGAACGAAAAGAUUGGAUUUCUAUGGUUGGAGGAACAAGCCGAGAUGCAAGGGCUUCUCAUAUUAUUGUGGCAGCUGCAUUAGCUGUCUGGUAUCCUAGUCUGGUGAAACCAAGCCUUGCUACUUCAGUAGUUCAUCAACUUGUAAAAUUGGUUAUGGCGGUUAAUGACAAGUAUAGUGCUGUUGCAGCCGAGCUCUUAGCUGAGGGAAUGGAGAGUACAUGGAAGCCAUGUAUUCAUUCAGAAGUACCUCAUCUGAUUGGAGAUGUAUUCUUCUUUAUUGAGUGUCUAAGUGGUACUUCAGCUAUUGACAAUUCCUCCCAAGAUCAGGUUAUGGCUAAUACCAUUAGAAAGGCAUUGAUUGGGAUUCUUCUUCCAAGCUUGGCAAUGGCCGAUAUACUUGGAUUUCUGAAUGUAAUUGAAAGCCAGAUUUGGACUACUGCUUCUGAUUCACCUGUUCAUUUAGUGUCACUUAUGACUCUCAUGAGGGUUGUACGUGGUGCUCCAAAAGCCCUGGCUCUCUAUAUUGAUAAGGCGGUUAACUUCAUUUUACAGACAAUGGACCAUGGGAACUCUGUUCUGCGCAAAGCUUGCCUGCAGAGCUCAAUGGCUGCCCUAAGGGAAGUGGUCCGUGUGUUCCCAAUGGUUGCCUUAAAUGAGGCAUCCACAAAGUUGGCCGUUGGUGAUGCCAUUGGUGAUAUACAUAGCCUUACUAUUCAAGUAUAUGACUUACAAAGUGUUACAAAAGUAAAGGUUCUGGAUGCAAGUGGGCCACCGGGACUUCCAAGUAUGCUUGGUGGGGUAUCAGAUGGUAGAACAGUCACUGGUGGGAUUUCAGCAUUAUGCUUUUCACCUGAUGGGGAGGGUUUAGUUGCUUUCUCUGAGCAUGGCUUAAUGAUCAGAUGGUGGUCUUUGGGUGUUGCAUGGUGGGAGAAACUCAGCAGAAAUACUGUCCCUGUACAGUGCACAAAACUCAUUUUUGUUCCACCAUGGGAAGGAUUCUCGCCCAAUUCUUCUCGUUCAAGUAUAAUAGCAAGCAUCCUAGGGCAUGAUGCCAAUGGUCAAUCUCAGGAGAAAACCAAGGCAUCAGCCGACUCCAACUGCAUGAAACUUCAAACUCACAAUCUUGAUCUCUUGUAUCUGUUAGAAUGGGCAGAUGGAAAGAAAGUUGUGCUCAUGCGCCACAAUCAAGAAUUGGGCACUUUCCAACUAUAGCUGAUCUAUCUUUAUCUUCCAUACAAAAGACUGUAUAUGGUGGGUUGCCAUGAAGAAUUGAGCCAAUGGCCCUCAUUUCUCAAGAAGAGUAGGACCUAAUUUUAGCUUAAUUGGAAGAAGUGGACCCACUCCAAUACUUCUCAGUGCGGUAUCUGGCACCAUAUACCACAGUUUUGUCUGAGGGCGUAGAUUUUCUUGUGCAUGAGGUGUAUUUUUCUUCUUAUUUUAGUGUUUGUAACAUGUGAAUUUCAUCUCUAUGGGAUUGGAAUGAGUAAUCUUCCGUUUUAGUUGUCAUUUGGGGAAGUAUUUGAAAACAGCAAUGAGGGUUUUGCCCUCUAUUCAUAAGCAGGCUUUAGAAGGUUGAAUGAAGAAAGCUGAUGGCUUCACAUGCAGAUGAUUCAAAUGGGCAAGUGUUGGCGCUAUCUGCUGUAUGAUACUGUAGAGUCUGAUAGGGAGAUGGGGUGUAAAAUUAUAUUCCAACUGGAUCAUUGUAUUAUAACUCAAAUCUCAUUUAGUGUUUAUAAUAUGCUGAAUGAUUCAUUUUUAAAA